UUCCCUCUCCAAGUUACCCCAUUUCGUUCUUCCAUCCCCUUUGCUUUCGGCCUUUCUCGACACGUUGUUAGCUUGUGAGACAGCCAGUGCCAUCCAUAUUUACUUGCAGCCAGCUUGUGGGUUUGUGGCAUCAAAGCCUUCUCCUUUCAGUUGCAUGCCCAGUUGCGCACCAUCAAAGUGUCCCAAAUGUACCCGUAUCUUCAGCUCUGUGUAUUGCUCGUCGCCAUUCUCUCGGCCGUAGCAACUGCUGAACGAUGGAGGGAGAUCAGCGGCAGCAACCAAUGGAACGGCCUUCUAGACCCCCUCGACAUUGAAGUCCGGCGCGCCGUCAUCCGCUACGGCGAGCUGGCGCAGGCGACGUCGGACGCCUUCAUCGGCGACCUGGCGUCACCGUACGCCGGCUCUUCCCGGUACGGCCCGUCCUCCUUCUUCUACAAGGUCCAGGCGUCCAACCCAGGUGAGUACCGCGUGACGCGGUUCAUCUACGCGACGUCGAGCGUCCGGCUGCCCGACGGGUUCAUGACGAGGCCGCUGCCGGAGGGCGCGUGGAGCACGGAGUCCAACUGGAUGGGGUACGUCGCGGUGGCCACCGACGCCAGCGCGGCGGCGCUCGGGAGGCGGGACAUCGUGGUGGCGUGGCGCGCGACGAGGCGGACUGUGGAGUGGGUCAGCGACCUGGACUUCGUGCUGGUGCCGGCGGCCGGCGUCGUCGGGCCGGGGCAGGGCUGGUCGCAGCCGGCGGUGCACAGAGGGUUCCUGUCCGUGUACAUGUCCAAGAAUCCCACGUCGCGGUUCAACAAGCAGAGCGCGCGCGAGCAGGUACUGACUGAAGUAGGAAGGCUGCUGGACACCUACAAGAACGAGAACUGCAGCAUCACCAUAACCGGCCACAGCCUCGGAGCCGCGCUGUCCACGCUCAACGCCGUCGACCUGGUCGCCAACGGGCUCAACGUCCGGGGCUCGUCCCGGAUCCCCGUGCCCGUCACGGCUAUCCUCUUCGGCGGGCCCCGCGUCGGCGACGAGCAGUUCAAGAAGGCCUUCGACUCCAUGGCUGGCGCCGGCCUCAGCCUGCUCCGCGUCCGCAAUGCCCUCGACAUCGUGCCCACCAUCCUGCCCUCCCUGCUCUACAGGGAUGUCGGCGCCGAGCUGCUUGUCGACACGCGCAAGUCGCCGUACCUCAAGAAUCCGGUAGGCCCUGCCCAGUGGCACAACCUCGAGUGCUACUUGCACGCGGUCGCCGGCACUCAGGGGGCGGGCGACGGCGCGGGGUUCAGCCUGGAGGUCGACCGCGACGUGGCGCUCGUCAACAAGGAAGAGGACGCGCUCAAGGACCAGUAUCCCGUGCCGGCCAAGUGGUGGGAGGAGAAUAACAAGGGCAUGGUGAAGAACGCCACUGGGCACUGGGUAUUGAACGAUCACGAGGAGGGCAACCUUGCCUUGUGAUGAUCUUUUUUUGUGUGCGUGGGGGUAAGAUUGUGGAAUGCAUCGUGUUUAACACCUCUUACGAAAGUAAUACUGCCUCUAAUUCAAAAUGUAAGCACUUUGGAAAUUUACCAACGAAACUUUCUAUAUUUGAAGGCAUUUGUGAUGAAUAGAUAUUUUGUACUCA